AUGACGAGUCGGACGGCUUCCAACGGCGCCUCGUCCCGGAGCGGAUCUCGAGACCCGUCGGCCGCACUCUCGAGCAAUGAGUCAGAACGUUUGCAGCUACAGACUGGACGUCCGAUGCUGCGUGUCAACCGAAGCGGUGGUGCUGGUGGUAAGAGUGCUACAGAUGAUGUUGAAGGCGACCGAAACGCGCAGACAACGUCGGCUUGGCAAGGACGAGAAGGAUCUGAUGGAGCAAACGCUCAUGGGAACAUGAACAACAUGCGGCGGUAUCUACGAGCAGCGCGGACGCUCUAUGAGGUGCAGUACCAGAUGAAGCGGCCCUCGGCGAUCCUGAAAAUGAAGCCCAAUUCAUAUGGGCUGAAAAGCCGAUCUACGUUUGACGCGUUGGCGGCGCUGGUGUCGCCUCUCCGAGCGCACCAAGUUCUUGAUGACUGGACAGGAAUCGAGAUCGGUCUGUUUGAGGAGGCCCAUGAACGCUUUGGAAAAGACUUCUACGCUAUUGCUGGGCAGAUUCCAGCGAAAAACGUAAAGGAUACUGUUGCGUUUUAUUAUAUUUGGAAGAAACAUGGAUCGUGCACGAAAACGCGCGACGGUGAUACCCUUUCGAACGACUUUCCACGGGAGUCUGAACCAGACGUGUCUGUAGCGACACUGAAGCUCAUGGGUCGUCUUCGAAAGCGACAGCUGUGCACUCAAGAUUACUUUGACGCUGCUCGGGCUAUGUAUUCUCCUCGACCAUUGUGUGCGUCGAACCAGAAGAGACACAAGGUUUCCGCGUUUGGACUACAGCGCAUUGCCUGCUUCCAGCAAGGCCUCAAAGGCGUUUCGUCAUUGCGUGCACCAUCAGUGCUAGACACGUGGACUCCGUUCGAGAUCAGGUUGUUCGAAGUUACGAUCGAGUGCCGUGGCAAAGAUUUUCCGCACAUUGCAGAUGUAAUCAAGAAGUCCUGCAAAGACGUUGUUGCAUUUUACUACGUGUGGAAAAAGGAUUCCCACUAUCAAGCCGUGAAGAAUCGCUGGGAAAGAAAAAGUGAAGCAAGCUCAAGGGAGGUAUCCCCCAGCUGA